GGGGAGUGGAGGGGAGGCCUCGCCUGGCCCACCUUCCUCUUGCCCCUCCACCAUGUGGCCCUUCCCGAGCUGCUCUCUCUUCCCACCCCCCACUCAGGCCUGGCUCCAGACGGUCUCCUCAGACCCUGAGGCCCAGGGCUGGGGGGCCUGGAACGAGACCAAGGAGAUUCUGGGGCCAGAGGGUGGGGAAGGGAAUGAGGAGGAAGAGGAGGCAGAGGAAGACCCGGAUGGGGAUGCAGGCUUUCUGCUGUCUCUGCUGGAGCAAGAGAACCUGGCUGAGUGCCCAGUGCCUGACCAGGAGCUGGAGGCCAUCAAGAUGAAGGUGUGCGCCAUGGAGCAGGCCGAGGGGACGCCACGGCCUCCGGGAGUGCAGCACCAGGCCGAGGAAGAGGAGGGCACCGCGGCCGGGCAGCUGCUGAGCCCUGAGACCAUGGGCUGCCCCCUCCCUGGGACCCCCGAGGAGAAGGUGGAGGCUGACCACAGAUCCGUCUACGUGGGCAACGUGGACUACGGGGGCUCCGCCGAGGAGCUGGAGGCCCACUUCAGCCGCUGUGGGGAGGUCCACCGAGUCACCAUCCUGUGUGACAAGUUCUCUGGACACCCCAAGGGUUACGCCUACAUAGAGUUUGCCACCAAGGGCUCCGUGCAGGCCGCCGUGGAACUGGACCAGAGCCUCUUCCGGGGCCGGGUCAUCAAGGUGCUGCCGAAAAGAACCAACUUCCCUGGGAUCAGCUCCACAGACCGCGGGGGCCUUCGAGGACACCCAGGCUCCAGGGGGGCACCCUUCCCCCACAGCGGCCUCCAGGACAGGCCCCGGCUCAGACCACAAGAGCAGAACCGGGCCCGUGGAAAAUUCUCACCAUGGUUUUCACCGUAUUAAAGGGAAGACCCGAUUUUGAGAGAGGGGCUGGGGGCUGGAUCAGGAGUAAACCACUUGUGCUCCAUCCUGGGGCUGGGGCAGGGAGUGGGGUGGGGGCGAGGCCAGAGGAGAGGGGUGUCCAGAGCAGCCACUGGCCCCCUCUUGGCUGGGGGAUGGCCCAGUAGGGCCUUGUAUGGUGGCCCAGACCCAAGGCCACAGCCACGAGUCACAGCCACGGCCCGGUGGUGGGCCUGGCAUGGGCCCCACGGGGAUCUACGGGGCUCUGGGUGUUGAGGGAGGGGAGGAGCAGAGUCCCAGGCAGUGCCAGGCCGUGCCAGGCCAGCUUGGAGUUGGCAUGCUCAGCUCUUCAACCAAGUCAUUUUAAGAAAAACAGAAACGUAUCUCUUAAUGGUGAAGCAUAAAUUAUUAAACUUGGGCACUUUUUAAAAGCAAAUGGCAGCAGCACUCCUGUGCAUUCCCCCCAUGGACACAGUUCCCUUUGCAUCUUCCCCUGGGACAGGACACAUAGUUCCCUUUGCAUCUUUCCCUGGGAUAGAACACAGUUCCCUUUGCGUCUUCCCCUGGGACAUGACACACAAUUCCCUUUGCAUCUUCCCCUGGGACAGGACACGCAGUUCCCUUUGUGUCUCCCCUGGGACAGGACACAGAAGGUGGCUGGCAAGCUGUGGCCGUGGGAUGAGGACAGGGCUCUAGACCCCUUGCGACUGACAGCAAGCGGACAGUGUGCACAGGCUGAGGUGGUGUCAAUGUCACUGCCAGCCUGGUGGGCUGUGACUGCCUGUCAAGGUACCCCCACACCUCGUAACCCUACCACCACAUGUCCCCCACCAAGUGACACAGACACCCGGGACGCUGGCCCUUGUCAGAAGCUCAGGAAGCAGAAGUGGAGGUCUCUGUCCUGGGCACUUUGACGACUGUCCCCUCUGAAAGCACAGCCAGUCGGGCUCCCUGGCUGCAUGCACGGCCGCCGCAGAGGCCCAAAGCUGCUUAUGUGCACACACCUGACUCCAGCAUUCCACGACUAACAGCGCCUCAUCAGGCUCAGUGUGUUAAUUCCCGGAGCCCUGUGCAGAACAGCUCCUAUUCAAUGGGCUGGUGCCCACCUGCCCCUCAGCCACCUUCCUCCAGCACCAGGCCAGACGCUGCUCCCAGGAAUGAGCCACCCUCCUUGUUCCCCACCUACACUGGCCUCCUCCCCAAACCAGCCUCACACCCCACCUUGGGGUCUUGGGUCAGUGUUGGCCUCUGUACUGGGGUGAAUGAUGCUCCCCAAAAUACACCCAUGU